UAUUAUAAAUAUUAAAUACAUAGAAAUAUGGAAUAGAAAUAAAGAAUUAAGAAUUUGUUCAACUCAACAUUCAUCGUUCAGCUAAUCGAAAAUGUCUACCUUUUGUGGAAAAUUAGAAGAGAAGGAAUUAUCUUUCAUUGGCAUUGAUUGUUUUGAGUCACAUCUUCUGAGUUGUUCUACUUUUAUGUUGUCCCAUUUUCAUACAGACCACAUGCGAGGAAUUCAAGAUCAUUUUUUUCAAGAGGCGUUCAAUAAUACUAAAAACAACAUGAUGCUUUAUGCAUCACCAUUGACAAUAACAUUUUUAAAGAGAAAUAAAACCAUUAAUCUUAGAGAAGACAAGCUUAUAUCUCUUGAAAUUGGUUUCCCUAAUUCAUUAAAAGUACAUUCAGAUAAAUUUGAAUACAUUUGUGUGACCCUAUUACCAGCUGGUCAUUGUCCAGGGUCGGUCAUGUUUUUGAUUGAAGCUGGUACACAUCGUAUUUUAUAUACAGGAGAUUUCCGAGUACAAUUACAAAAUUUCAAAUUAUUUAAACCACUUUUGAUAGAUAAAGAAGGUAAUCAUGGUCCAAAGAAUAUAUCUGCAUUAUAUUUAGAUACUACUUUUGCAUCAAAAAAUUAUUACGAAUUUCCAACUAGAAAGGAAAGUAGUUCCAACUUGAUAAAAGUAGUUGAAGAAUGGUUAUACCAAAACCCUGAUAAUAAAAUUUGUUUGUGGAUGCCUGGAUAUGUAGGCAUAGAAUUUGCCAUAGUUGAAGUUGCUAAACAUUUCAAAUGUUCUAUUCAUGUGCAUAAACAAAAGUAUGAAGAAUUGUAUAGUUCAAUACCAGAAUUAGACAACUAUGUAACUCCUAUUUACACUAAUAAUAGAAUACAUGCAUGUUCAAAAUAUGAAUGUGACACGGAUAAUAUUAAUUGUAUGAAAUUAAAUAAAAAUGUAAAAUGUGUACAGCUUAAUGCCUUAGCAUUUACCAAAGAUGUGAUAAACACAGGUGGUCAUGUUAUAGUUAAAAAUAAUAUAACCCGAGUUUGUUAUUCUAGCCAUCCUAGUUGUAAGGAAUUAAGAGAAAUUGUCAAGUUCCUUAAUCCAGAAAAAUUAUAUUUUAAUGUAAUAGUUAAUCAAACAUGUAAAGAGAUCUAUGAUAUUUUAACCGAAAACAAUUGGACUCCUAGAGUUGUUAAGGAAGAUGUCAAAGAAAAUCCAAAAGUGGUUUUAAAACUCUCCAACAAUUUUAAAUAUAAUCAUAAUGUACGAAAUAGGAGAGAAGAAGUACUCAACAAAAGACCAAGAAUUGAAUCUCCUGAAAGAGAAUGAAUUUUAAACUUAAUUAUUUAUAACUUUUAAAUAAUAAGACAUAAUUUUGUAAAAUACUAUUAUUUGUUUAAUAC